AUCAAUCAUCAAAGGUCAGCGAGCUGUCAAUCAAAAUUCCUUGUAUAAAGAUAAAUUCUCCUUCGCACCAUAUGCGUAGAUGCUGACGAAGUGAACGCAUGUGAUUUCAUAAGAUUGCAAAUAUGUAUAGCUUGAACCAGGAUUAUUUAAAACUUAGUGACUUUUUGAGAAAUAAUAGGAAAGAAGAUGUAAUAUGUCCAGGUCUUAAGCCGUUUAAUCCGACUGGCACUACUGUUUUAGCACCGGAAAAUCCAGAGCCUGUGGUAAUCCGAGAAGUUCAUAUUAUCCAGUUUGUACCUGUGCCGGUUUUACCUGUUGACGAGGAGAGGAUUGUGGCAAUGUGGCCACUUGAGGAAGAAAACAUGACCGGAAGACCAACAACAAAUGACAAACAUAUCGAACAUUAUCGUAACGGUGAACUGGACUUGACCAAUAGCAUGCAUUCUGUCACACAACAGAAAAGCCGAAAAUGGAAAAUAAAUGACAAUACUUUUCGAGGAAUCGCCGGGGGACGAAAACAAAAUGGAUGUGGCUUCUGCAGGCGGAAUGGAGAAAGAGCGGCAUUCUUUUAUUCCCAUUCUCUGAAGGAUUUGCACGGUAAUGUUGAAUGUCCAAUUCUAAGGAAUUAUACUUGUCCUCAAUGUCAGGCGACGGGUGACUACGCCCAUACAGUAGCAUACUGUCCUAUGGGUCGAGAUAAGGCACCAAUAACGUCUAUAAAGUCAACAAGAAAGAGUUGUGGCUGUAAAUGGUCAGACAAACACUGCCACUGUACAUGAACUUGGUCAACUUUUUAAAACUUUUUGUUAGUUCGCUUUUUGAUGAAGGAAAGAAAUCCUUGCGUUUAUCGAGUAUUAACCAACAAAUUACCAAGACCCGUUUGAUGUUAAUUAUCUUGGUAUUGUGUAUAAAGGAAUAAAAUACAUUGACUGUCUGAACUUCACAUGUAAUUCUUGAACUUGGUAUCAUUGGAAAAUGUAAUUCGAUCGUUUAUAUUAAUUUCACAUAAUAGUACCAUUACAGAAAAAAGA